AUGGAUUCGUCACUGGGGCGUCGCAGUGGGGGUGUGAUGCGACUGAGGAGGGAACGUCGAGGAGAAGAUUGGCGGGAGUGUAGCACCAGCGAGGAGGAGCGAGAGAGAGAGGUUUAUUCUGCUGGGCUGGCGUCCAUCCUGGCAGGAUAUGCGAGAGGAGAGUCCUAUCUAAGCAGUGCCAGUGAAGAUGUGCCAGUGACGGAGAGGAGACCCCCAAGUGGAUCAAACUCUCCCACAUUACCUGCCCACUACCGCCACCACAGUCCUAGUAGACAGGCCUCACCUUAUCCCAUUGAAUCAACAAACCUAACGUCGGGCACGUCAACUCCGGUGAACCCUAGUCUGAGUCCUAGGUUUGCUGCAGGGAGAGCUCAGGGGUACAAGAAGUCCUCUUCUCUGACCGGAGUAGUAGUGGGUGGCAAGAACAGCACAGGCACUCUAGGCAGCCGGAGAAAACAUGUGACGUCAUCGUCCAGUAUGACGUCAUCCGCCAGCUCUGACAACUGCUGUCACAGUGACGUCACAUAUCCCGAGGUCGACCGAAGGAAAGACCUUGUUGAAGAGCCCAGAGACCAUUCGCCCCCAGAGCCGGCGCCUCCGGAGGUUCCUCCUAGAGGGCCGUCCCUGCACCAUCCCUCACUCGGCCACCGCGCCAGGACCACCCCUGACAGCGUUAGCAACUAUGUCUUCCCGGCUCAAGUGAGCUACGAUGAUUGUCCGGAUGAGCUGAAACAAGAGAAGUCAAGGAAGGAAUACAACAAUAAAGUCCCGUGUUUAUGUGAACCGUCCAAGAACCCUUCAAGACUUAAGAACAACAUCCAGGAAGAAAUUGCCAACAUAACGCCUGCUAUGCUUGAAAGGCACCCCAAGAUGUUGAGUGGCCUCACGGUGGAGCAUAUCCCAUCGUGGACAGCGGAAAAAGGUAUGUUCCACGUCGUCGGGAAUGCUCGGGCAGUAAAUACAGUCAGGUGA